AUGGGCGAGGAUGACGAGAAGAAGCAGCAGAUGGAGGACCCGCAAGACGUCCUCCAGCGAUGGCUCAUCGCGCGCGUCGUGUCGUCGUUCAAGUGCAAGCCCGAGCAGGGCGACGCGCUGCUCGCGCAGGAGGUGUCCUACGGCGCGAUCAAUCAGUUCCUCACGGACGUGGAGUGCCCCCGCCUGAUGAUCAUCGCCUCGCCGGACCUCGUCGCGACGACGACGCCGCCGGAGAAAUUUCGAAAGAAGACGCUGUGUUUCCUCAAGCUCAACCAAGAGGAACUCUCCCCGGAGAACGUCGACCAGGAGGUCAUCUACGGCGAUUUCGGCGACGUCCCGCUGGAACACCUCAGCGUGCUCGCGCGGGAGGUUUUCCUGCCGAUGCUCACAAACCCCCGGAAUCAGGUUGGGUGGCCCGAGGUGAUCACGCGCGAGGUGGUGGAGAACUUGCACAAGUUCAUCGCCAACGUGUACGUGACGAUCGGGCAGACGAAGGGCAAGACGCUGCUGCCGCUGCCGCCGGACGACGACGCGAAGCCGUCGACGUCGUCGAGCGCAGGGUCCGCGGCGGGGUCGGAUGCGGGCGGGCCUUCGUCGGACACGGAUAAGAUUCACGUGUUGGAGAGCGCCAUCGUGACGUGGACGAAGCAGAUCAAGGGCGUGCUGAAGAUGGACCCGGAGGCGGCGCUGAAGAGCGGGGAGAACCCCGGGCCGCUCGCGGAGCUGGAGUUUUGGGAGGACAAGGCUGCGAACUUGAACGCGAUCCACGAGCAGCUCUCCGGGUCGAAGAUUCGCAAAGUCGUCAAGGUGCUGGAGGUUACGAAAUCGUCCUACUACCCCGCGUUUCAUCGCCUGUGCGGCGAGGUGGCGCACGCGCGCGUCGAGGCGAACGACAACGUGCUGUUCCUCAAGCCGCUGGACAAGUACUUCCAACGGCUGAACAUCGGCGACGAGUUCCCGCAGCUAGUGGAGAUCUUCAAGCCCAUCAUGCACGUGGUCCUGAUGGUGUGGAAGCACUCGCACCACUACAACACCCCCGGGCGGAUCGUCGUGCUCAUCCGCGAGAUUUGCAACGACCUCAUCAUGCAGUCGCAGAAGUUUGUCGCGGGGAACGAGAUCUUCGAGGCGGAGCCGCCCGAGGCUGUGGAGAAGCUGAAGCAGACGUUGAAGGUGUGCGGCACGUUCAAGUCGUUCUAUUUCGACUACAAGUCAAAGACGAACAACGAGACGCCGCAGAACCCGUGGAGGUUUCAAAACUCCGCGCUGUUCAGCCGCCUAGACACGUUCCUCGAGCGCUGCCACGACAUCUUAGACUUGACGAUGACGGUGCUGCAGUUCAACAAGCUCGAGAGGGUGGAGAUUGGCGGCACCAAGGGCAAAUCGCUGACGAACAGCGUGCAGCAAGUCUUCGCCGAUUUCCAAGAGGCGGUCGAGAAGUUCCACGCCGUGGAGUACGACAUCAUGGACGUGGACAACAAGCAGUUCGAGAAUGACUUCUACGAGUUCCGGUGCGUCAUCAAAGAGCUCGAACGGAGACUCGGGUCGAUCAUCAUUCAGGGUUUCGAAGACUGCGUCACCGUCGCGGCUUCGUUCAAGCUGUUCGACAGCUUCGAAGGGCUCCUCGACCGCGAGAUCAUCGCGACAGAUCUGGAAAAGAAACAGAUCGAGCUCAUGCGUUUCUACGGCGACGACCUCAAGGACGUCUCGGAGAUUUUCGCGACGCAGAAGGACAACCCGACGUUGGCGAAGAACUCGCCGCCGCACGCGGGCGCGGUGUCCUGGGUGAGAGGCCUCGUGGCGCGCAUAAAGGAGCCGAUGGAAAAACUUCAGGGACUGAACAAGCUCGUCACGGAGACGGACGAGAGCAAGGACAUCCAGAAGCAGUACGACGUGCUCAUGGCGUCGCUGAUCGCGUACGAAGAGAACGAGAUCAAGCUCUGGAGCGCGGAGGUUGAGGCCACGGGUGAGGAAAAGUUGAAGAAAAAUUUGCUCGCGCCGGAUGAGAAGGGCGAGAUCCCCGGGAUCCUCCGCGUGAACUUCGACCCGAUGCUCGUCAGACUGCUGCGCGAGGUGAAGUACUUCCUCCUCCUCGGCGUCGACGUCCCGGCGUCCGCGUUGAAAGUCUACGAGAGGUCCGAGACGCUUCGUCAGCAGACGGGUAACCUCGACCUCAUCGUCGUGACGUACAACACGAUGCUGCGCAACUUGCUCGACGUGGAGAAGCCUCUCGUGGAGAAACGGCUCAAGGUGAUCGAAGACGCGCUUCAAAAGGGCAUCUCGAAGCUCAACUGGAACUCGCACAAGAUCAACGACUACAUCCAGGAGGUGAUGGGGUUCGUGAAGGAGCUCGACACGAUGCUCGAGACGAUCAAAGGGAACGUGGAGAAGACGCGUAAGGUGCUUCAGGGCUGGGCGGAGAACUUGAUGUUCAGCCGCAAGGAGGGUAAAACGUACGACGUCGAGGAGUUUCAGUCCGCGCAGAAGGACCUCCAGGCGAAGAGAAACGACGAGAUUGUCGAGGGCGCGGCGGCGAUCACGCGGUACCUCGCGGCGUCGAGCAAAGCGCUCAAGGACAUCCCGCGCGCGUCCAAGGCGUGGAAAGACUACGUCGAGUACGUCAACGACAUCGUCAUCGAGGGUUUCAGCAACGCGAUCAUGGCGUCCGUGGCGUACGUGAACGAGCAGGUGAACCCGGAGCUGGUGUCGAAGAACGAGACGGUGCCGCUCGUGGAGGUGCAGCUCGAGCUCCAGGCGCCGGACAUCUGCUGGAAGCCGGAGAUUGGCCAAACCGCGGACGGCGAGGGCGUGCGCGAUCGCUUCAACUCGUGGAUCGGGAACUUUCAGGCGAUCGGGACGCUGAUGAAACGCCUGGACAUCGGCGAAGGGAACUACACGCUGGAGCUCGAGGAGGAUUACAACGUCAUGGACGCCAUCUCGGCGAUUCAAGACGUCGUCCUCGCGAACGAGGCGGAGUGCAUCGCGUUCAAGGAGAGCUACACGAAGUACGAGUACCUGUGGAAGACGGACCUCCCGACCGCGCUCGCGACGUUUCUGGAGGAGAACACGAACGCGGAGGAGGGCCAGGACGAGCCGCCGCUGGAGUUAUUCGACGAGCAGAUCGCGCGGUACAAGGCUGUGCAAGAAGAGAUUCAGGCGCUGACGACGACGUCCACGAUCGCCUGGGUGAAGGUGGACGCCAAGCCGAUGAAGCAGGCGCUCGCGACGUGGAUCACGAAGUGGAUUUUCCUGUACACGCAGUACCUGUCGAACAAGGUGAUCAACAGCAUGGACGACCUGUACGCGUUCAUGAAGCUCGGAAACACCGUGCUGGACAUGGACCCGCCCGCGGAAAAGAAGGAGAGCGCCGCGGAGAAGAAGCAAAAGAUGCUCUACGACAUGAUGGCGUACAUGCGCGACUUGAGGAAACGCGAGGAGAAGACGGACGUCAUGUUCGAACCGCUGCAGGCGACGGUUGCUCUGUUGAAGACGUACGGCAUCUCCACGUCCGAGGAGGUGCUCAAGCAGCUCGAGGAGGCGCCGCUCGCGUGGAGCGCGCUGAAGAAGAAGAUGCUCAACGUCCGCGAGAAGCUGUCGUUGAUGCAGCAGCUCGAGGCGCGAAAGAUUCGCGAGGAGUCGGACAAGUUUGGAAAGCAGGUGGAGGACUUCCGGACGAUGUUCCAGAAGACGGCGCCCGUCACGGUGGCGGCGAGCACGAUCAAAGUCGACGACGUGCGACCCGCGUACGACAUCCUGGACCACUUCCACCACGGCGAGAAGGACGACAAGUUUAUCUUUGGCUCGUUGUCCACCAUCGCCACGGAGGCGAGCGCGUUGAAUGAAAAGCAAGAGCUCUUCGAGCUGCACGUGAGCGAUUACCUCGCGUUGCAACGCAGCGCCGAGGACCUCGCCUUUUUGAAGGCGCUGUGGGACAUGGCGUCGUCGGUCAUCUUCACGUUUGACAGCUGGAACAUCACGCUGUGGAACGCCAUCGACGUCGAGUUUCUCAUGGACGAGACGAAGAAGCUCGCCAAGGAGGUGAAGAUGCUCCCCAAGGGGUGCCGCGCGUACGACUUGUAUAAAAUUCUGGAGGAUCAGGUCAAGGCGCUGCUGACGUCGCUUCCUCUCGUGAGCGAGCUGCAUCACCCGUCGAUGCGCGAGCGGCACUGGAAGCAGCUCAUGAAGGCGACGGGGAGGCACUUCGUGAUGGACGACAAGUUCAGCCUCGGCGACUUGCUCAACCUCGAGCUGCACACGUGCGUCGACGCGGUGAGCGAGAUUGUCGAGCGCGCGCAAAAGGAGAUUGUGAUCGAGAAGCAGCUGAAGAAGAUCGAGGAGACGUGGUCGGGGUUGAACCUCGACUUCAAGCCGUUCCCGGACAGCGAGGUGUUGAACCUCGUCAUCGACGACUUGAUCUUGGAGGCGCUCGAGAACGACAACCUCGCGUUGCAAAACUUGGGGGGGUCCAAGUACGUCCAAGGGAACGCCAAGUUCAACGAGAUGACCGCGGAUUGGCAGAAGAAGCUCGGCACCGUGGACAACGUCCUCAACGUGUGGCAAGACGUCAGCAAAAAGUGGAGCAUGCUCGAGUCCGUCUUCGUCGGCAGCGCGGACAUUCGCGUCCAGCUCCCGGAGGACUCAAAGCGCUUCGACGGCAUCAACGCGGACUUCCAGGCCAUCAUGCGCGACGCCCCCGACGUGUUGAACUGCGUCGAGGCGUGCAACAUGGACGGCAGACUGGAACGUCUCGAGGUCAUGCUCGGUCUCCUCGAGCAGUGCGAGAAGGCGCUGCAGGACUACCUCGAGACGAAACGCAUCGCGUUCCCGCGUUUUUAUUUCGUCGCCCCCGCGGACCUUCUGGACAUCCUCUCGAAAGGGACCAACCCGCAGCUCAUCCUGCGUCACCUCUCGAAGUGCUUCGACAACGUCCACAACAUGUCCUUCCUCGAGGACGAGAAGGGGAACCCGUCGAAGAACGCCAUCUCGAUGUGGUCCGGGGAGAACGAAAACGUCGCCUUCAAGGAGCCGUGCAUCUGCGACGGUCCCGUGGAGACGUGGCUCGGCGCCGUCGUCGACUCGAUGCGCGAGGCGCUAUUCGUCGAGUUUGAAGCCUCCGCGCCCAAGUACGACGAGAUGCCGCGCGUGAAGUGGAUGUUUGAGCAGUCGGCGCAAAACACGAUCACGGUGUCGCGCAUGAUUUUCACGCAAGAGAUCAACGAGGCGUUCGAUCAGCUCGAGGAAGGGAACGACAACGCGGUGAAGGACAUGUGGCAGAAGCAGGUGGAUCAGCUCGCGGGCCUCAUCGAGGUUGUCAACGGGAAGCUCGAGAAGCUGGACCGGAAGAAGGUGCUGACGUUGUGCACCAUCGACGUGCACGCGCGCGACGUGUGCCAAAAACUCCUCGACGAACGCGUCGACGUCGGCAGCGCGUUCCAGUGGCAGUCGCAGCUGCGGUACGGCGUCCACGAGAAGACGGGGAAGCUCAUGAUUUACGUCUGCGACGCGGAGAUUCCGUACAUGUACGAGUACAUCGGGUCCCCGGGGUGCUUAGUCAUCACCCCGCUCACGGAUCGGUGCUACAUCACGCUGACGCAAGCGCAGAGGCUCGUCCUCGGCGGCGCCCCCGCGGGCCCCGCGGGGACGGGCAAGACGGAGACGGUGAAGGAUCUCGGUCGCGCGCUCGGCAUUCAGGUGUACGUCUUCAACUGCUCCGAUCAGAUGGAUUACAAGGCGAUGGGGCAGACGUACAAGGGCUUGGCGCAGACUGGCGCGUGGGGCUGCUUCGACGAGUUCAACCGCAUCCCGGUGGCGGUGUUGUCCGUGUGCUCGACGCAGUACAAGACGGUCCUCGACGCGAUUCGCGCGAAGAAGUCGCAGUUCAUGUUUGAAGACGUGGAGAUUUCGCUGCGCCCGUCCACGAUGGCGUUCAUCACGAUGAACCCCGGCUACCCCGGUCGCGCGGAGCUCCCGGAGUCGCUCAAGGCGCUGUUCCGACCGGUGUCCAUGUGCGUCCCGGAUCUGCAGCUGAUUUGCGAAAACAUGCUCAUGGGCGAGGGGUUCUUGCAGUCCAAGAUUCUCGCGCGCAAGUUUGUGAUUCUCUACAAGCUCUGCGAGGACUUGCUCUCCAAGUCGGCGCACUACGACUGGAAGCUACGGGCAAUCAAGACGACGCUCUACGUCGCCGGCGGUCUCAAGCGCGACCAGCCGCACCUCUCCGAGGACAAGGUGCUUCUGCAGGCGCUUCGCGAUUUCAACCUCGGGAAGCUCACCGCGGACGACCACGGCAUCUUCAUGGGUCUCCUUAACGAUCUCUUCCCCAAGAUGCUCGACCAAGUCCCGCGUCAGCGGAACGAGUCGUUCGAGGAUAAGAUUGUGAAGUCCGCGGUGGAGCUCGGGUACCAGCCCGAGGAGGCUUUCGUGUUGAAGAUCACGCAGCUCCGCGAGAUUUUCGGCGUGCGGUGGUCCGUGUUCCUUCUCGGCCCCGCGGGGUGCGGUAAAACCGCCGUGUGGCGGACGUUACUUCUCGCGCAAAACAAGUACGGCGAGAAAUCGCGCGCGGUGCCGGUGAACCCCAAGGCGGUGUACCGCAACGAGCUCUACGGAUUCCUCCACCCGUCCACGCGCGAAUGGAAGGAGGGGCUGAUGUCCGUGACGUUCCGCGACAUGUCGAACAACAAGGUGUACAUCAAUCAGUGGAUCGUCCUCGACGGCGACAUCGACGCGGAGUGGAUCGAGUCCAUGAACACGGUGAUGGACGACAACAAGAUGCUCACGCUCGCGUCGAACGAGCGCAUCCCGCUGACGAACUCGAUGCGACUUUUGCUCGAGAUCAACCACAUGGUGCACUGCUCCCCCGCGACGGUGUCUCGCGGCGGCGUGAUUUACUUGAACCAGGACGACAUCGGCUGGCAGCCGAUGGUGGAGUCGUGGAUCCAGUCGCGCGAGGCGGUGGACUACCGCCCGCUUCUCGUCGAGCUGUUCGAUCGCUACCUGGAGAAGUCUCUGGAGCACUGCCGGAGAAACUUCCGGACGAUCGUGCCGCUCGUGCCGAUGAACAUCGCGGGCACGGUGUGCAAGAUUCUCGAGGGAAUCAUCCCGUCUGAGAACGUCCGCGGGCAGAAGCCGGACAAGAAGCUCCUCGAGGCGCAGUUCGUCUUCGCGUGCGUGUGGGCCCUCGGCGGCGCGAUGCUCGUGGACAAGGUGGUGGACUUCCGCCUGCAGUUCCACAAGUGGUGGAUCAGCGAGUGGAAGGAGGUGCUGUACCCCGAGGGCGGCUUGGUGUUCGAUUACUACGUUAACGACGAAGCGCAGAUGACGCCGUGGACGGAUAAGGUUGAGGGCUACGGCUACAACCCGUCCGAGGCGUUCGCGAACAUCUUCGUGCCGAGCGUGGACAGCACGCGCCUGUCGUAUUUCCUGAACAGCUUCAUCAAGAACAAGCACUACUGCAUGUUCGUCGGAAACGCGGGCACGGGAAAAACCGCGCUCAUGCGCGAAAACUUGAAGAACCUCGACGCCGAGGCGUGGACCUUCUCCACGGUGAACAUGAACAACUUCAUGGACGCGCCCGCGCUGCAGGUCAUCUUGGAGCAACCGCUCGAGAAGAAGUCCGGCGUGCGCUUCGGCCCGCCCGGCGCGCGUCGCCUCGUGUACUUUUUCGACGACAUCAACAUGCCCUUCGUGGACAAGUACGACACGCAGACGCCCAUCGAGCUCGCGCGUCAAAACAUCGACUACCGCGGCUGGUACGACAAGAACAAGAUCGUCCUCAAGGAGGUGCUCAACUGCCAGUACAUGGCGGCGAUGAACCCCACCGCGGGGUCGUUCAACAUCACGCCGCGCAUGCAGCGUCACUUCGUGACCUUCGCGGUGCAGAUGCCGUCGAAGGACGCGGUGCGAUCGAUGUUUUCGCAAAUCAUCGACGGCCACCUGAUGGAGUUUGACAACGACAUCCAGAAAAAGGCGGCGGCGCUCGCGGACGCGUCGAUCGAGAUUCACUCGCUCGUCGCGAACACGUUUUUGCCCUCCGCGGUGAAGUUUCACUACCAGUGGAACCUGCGCGAGCUGUCGAACAUCUGCCAGGGCAUCUGCCGCGCGAUUCCGGAGUUUUACACCAACCCCGUGACCAUGGCGCGCCUGUGGAUCCACGAGUGCGAGCGCAUAUUCUCCGACCGCAUGGUGGCGCAGGCGGACAUCACCAAGUUUGACGAGAUGCGCGUCCUCGUGACGAAGAAGUACUUCAGCGACCUCGAGAUGGAACAAGUCGAGGCGCGCCCGGUGUCCUACAACGCGUUUCAGCAGUUUGACAACAACGACGAGGGCGCGUACUGCGCGUGCGCGUCGUACGAAAAGCUGAACAAGACGCUCGUGGAAAAGCUCGCGGAGCACAACGAGUCCAACCCGGUGAUGGACCUCGUGCUCUUCAACCAAGCCAUGGACCACGUGACGAGAAUCACGCGCAUCUUGAACCUCCCGAGAGGGAACGCGAUGCUCGUCGGCGUCGGCGGCAGCGGGAAGCAAUCGCUCGCGAAGCUCGCGACGUUCAUCUGCCAGUACGACGUGUUCCAAAUCUCCGUGACGUCUUCGUACGGCAUCGUCGACUUCAAGACGGAUCUCCUCGGGUUGUACACGAAGGCGGGCGUCAAGGGGACGCCGGUUACGUUUUUGAUGACGGAUUCGCAGAUCGUGAACGAGCGCUUCUUGGUGUACAUCAACGACCUCCUCUCGAGCGGGUUCAUUCCCGACCUCAUGACCCCGGAGGACAAGGAGAACAUGUGCAACGCGGUACGGAACGAGGUGAAAGCCGCGGGGAUCGUGGACACGAAUGAAAACUUGUGGGACUUUUUCAUCGACAAGGUUCGCAAGUACCUGCACGUGUGCCUGUGCUUCUCCCCCGUCGGCGACAAAUUCCGCGUGCGCGCGAGAAACUUCCCCGCGCUCAUCAACUGCACCGUCAUCGACUGGUUCCAGCCGUGGCCGCACGAGGCGCUCGUCUCCGUCGCCGGGCGGUUCCUCGCGGACGUCCCGAACAUCGACGAGGCGCUGUUGGAGAACUUGCAGUUCCACUGCGCCUUCACGCACAUGGCGGUCAACGACGCGUCAGGCGCGUACUUCAACGAGGACCGACGCUACAACUACACGACGCCCAAGUCGUACCUGGAGCUCAUCUCGCUGUACAAGUCGAUGCUCGAUCAGAAGCGACUCGACUUAAAACACGCCAAGGAACGUCUGGAGAAUGGGGUGGACAAGAUCGCGCAGGCGUCCGCGCAAGUCGCGGACCUUCAGGCGAACCUGAAGGAGGAGCAGGUCAUCGUCGAGGAAAAAAAGGCCAACACCGACGCGCUCAUCGUCAGCAUCGGCCAAGAGAAGGCGAUCGUCGACGAAGCCGUCGAAGCCGGCAGCGCGGACGAGGCGGAGUGCGCGGCGAUCGCGGAGGAAGUCUCCGCGUUCCAGGCUGAGUGCGAGGAAGAUUUGAAAGCCGCGGAGCCCAUCAUCCAAGCCGCCGAGGCGGCGCUGAAUUCGCUGGAUAAAAAGUCGCUGGGCGAGCUCAAGUCCUUCGGCUCUCCCGCCGCGGAGGUUGUUCAGGUGGCGUCGGCGUGCAUGGUGCUCACCGCCCCGGGCGGGAAGAUCCCGAAAGAUCUCUCGUGGAACGCCGCGAAGAAGUCGAUGGGCUCGGUGGAUAAGUUCCUCAACGACCUCAUCAACUUCGACAAGGACAACACCCCGGAGAAUUGCGUCGAGAAGUGCGAGAAGGAUUACCUCUCCAACCCCAACUUCAACCCGGAGUACAUCGUGAACAAGUCCGGCGCCGCCGCCGGCUUGUGCGCGUGGGUCGUGAACAUCUGCAAGUACUUCCGCAUCUACCAAGUCGUCGCGCCGAAGCGCAAGCUCCUCGCGGAGGCGAACGCGAAGCUCGACGCGGCGAACAAGAAGCUCGCGGGGAUUCGCGCCAAGGUGAAGGAGCUCCAAGACAAGGUGGCGGCGCUGGAAGAUAACCUCAUGAAGGCGACGGAGGAUAAGAACGCCGCCAUCGCGCAGGCGGAGAAGACGCAGAAUAAAGCCAACCUCGCGGACCGCCUCGUGAACGGGCUGUCCGGAGAGAACAAGCGUUGGGGCGCGGCGAUCGAGCAGUUUGGCGUCCAGGAGACGAAGCUCGUCGGCGACGUCCUCGUCGCGUCGUCCUUCGUCUCCUACGCCGGCGCGUUCAACUCCAAGUUUCGUAAAUUUCUCGUCGAAGAAAAGUGGCUGCCGGAUCUCAUCGAACGCGAAAUUCCGAUGACGCAAGGGAUCGUGCCGCUGGACGUCCUCGCGACCGCGGGACAGAUGGCGCAGUGGGGCAUCGAGGGCUUGCCCACGGAUCCGCUGUCGAUCGAAAACGGCGCCAUCAUGAGCUCCGCCGCGCGGUGGUCGCUCAUGAUCGACCCGCAGCUUCAGGGCAUCCGAUGGAUCAAAGAAAAGUGGGGCGAUAAACUUAAGAUCAUCCAGCUGUCCAAGGCGAACUACAUCAACGACGUCGAGCACUGCAUCGAGAACGGGAUCCCGCUGAUGAUUGAAAACUUGCAGGAUGACAUCGACGCGGUGCUGGAUCCGGUGGUGGCGCGUCAGACGACGCGACGCGGGCGCAACGUCGUGAUGAAGCUCGGCGACAAAGAGGUGGACUACGACCCAAACUUCAAGCUGUACCUGCAGACGAAGCUGUCGAACCCGCACUACAAGCCCGAGAUCGCGGCGCAAGCGACGCUGGUGAACUUUUGCGUCACGGAGAAGGGUUUAGAGGACCAGCUCUUGGCGCUCGUCGUGUCCAAAGAACGCGCGGAUUUGCAGCAGCAGUCGUCGGACCUCGUCCGACAGCUCGGCGAGUACACCGUGCAAAUCACGCAGCUCGAAGACAACCUCCUCGUGCGUCUCUCCAACGCGCAGGGCGAUAUCCUGGAGGACAUCGAGCUCAUUGAAAACCUCGAGGAGACGAAGCGCACCGCGACGGAGAUCGCCGAGAAGGUGAUCCAAGCCAAAGAGACGCAAAAGAUCAUCGACGUGACGCGAGACGUCUACCGCCCCGUCGCCGCGCGCGGCGCGUUGCUCUACUUCCUCGUCGACGUCCUCAACGUCCUCGACCGCGUGUACCAGUACUCCAUGGCGAACUUUGUGUACAUAUUGAAGAAGGGCAUGGACGUCUGCCCCGGCGGCGCGGACAACACGCACGUGCCGCCGGAUAAGCGGCUCGCGGAGCCGCUCCCCGUGGAGAAGCGCGUCGAGGCGCUCAUCGAAUCGGUGUCGUCGCAAGUCUUUGGGUACAUCGCGAGCGGUCUCUUCGAGCGGCAUAAGCUCAUCGUCGCCGCGCAGCUCACGAUGAGCGUCCUGAAGAAGCAAGGGAAGCUCCCGGCGCAGCAGUUUGACUGGCUGUUGCGCGGGCCGCGCGUCGCGGGGGUGGAGAAUCCGCUCGAGGAGUGGAUCGCGCAAGGCAACUGGGAGUGCAUCCAGUCGUUGCAAGAGCUCGACGGCUACGGGCAACUGCCUGGGGAUCUUCAAGGGUCUGCGAAGCGCUGGCGCGAGUGGAUGGAGCUCGAGCGACCGGAGGAGGAGCCGAUGCCGGGGGAUUGGAAGAAGAUGGAGGAUUUCGAGAAGCUGCUGUUGUUCCGCGCGCUGCGGCCGGAUCGGAUGUCCAACGCGUUGUCCACCUUUGUCAAAUCCGUCAUCGGACAGAGGUACGUCACGUCGGCGGCGUUCGACCUCGCGGAGUCGUACAAAGAUUCCGCGCCGGGGACGCCAAUCUUCAUCUUCCUCUCCCCGGGCGUCGACGUCGCCGCCGCGGUGGAAGCGCUCGGUCUCAAGCUUGGGUUUUCGUCCGAAAACGGUCGCUACGCCGCCGUUUCGCUCGGACAAGGCCAAGAGCCGAUCGCGAUGAACAACCUGCAAAACUUCCACAAAAACGGCGGCUGGCUGCUGCUCCAAAACAUCCACCUCACGAUCGACUGGACGAACGGCCCGCUGGAGAAGACCGUGGACAAGCUCGCGGAGGGCGCGCACGCCGACUUCCGGCUGUUCCUCUCCGCGGAGCCGCCGCCGAGCCUCGAGCGCGGCAUCGCCAUCUCUCUCCUGCAAAACUCCAUCAAGCUCACGAACGAGCCCCCGGAGGGCAUGAAGCAAAACCUCAUGCGCGCGUACGGCAACUUCAACGAGGAGAUGUUCGAGGCGGCGUCCAAGCAGGGCGAGUUCAAGGCGAUCAUCUUCGCGCUGUGUUACUUCCACGCCGCGAUUCUCGAGAGGAAGAAGUUUGGCGUCGGGAACAUGCCCGACGCCGCGUCGGGCAUCGGCUGGAACAUGAAUUACCCGUUCAACACGGGCGACUUGCUCUGCUGCGGCCAGUGCGUGAACAACUACCUGGAGAACAACACCAAGGUGCCGUGGGACGACCUGAAGUACAUCAUCGGAGAGAUCAUGUACGGCGGGCACGUCGUCGAGGACUGGGACAGGAGGACAGUGGAGAUGUACCUCGAGUCGUACCUCCGAGAGGAACUCCUCGAGGGGAUCGAGUUUUUCCCGAAAUUCACCACGCCGCCGUCCAAUCUGAACCACCGGCAGACGAUGGAGUUCAUCCAAGAGACGUUCCCGACCGAGUCCCCGCUCGCGUUCGGGCUGCACCCGAACGCGGAGAUCGGGUUCAAGCUCCGAGAGGCGGAGCUCCUGUGCUCGUCCAUCUUGUCGCUGCAGCCUCGCGACGGCGGCGGCGAGGAGGGCGCGUCGGUGGAGGACCAAGCCAAGAUGGUGCUCGACGACCUCGUCGAGCGGCUCCCCGAUCAGUUCGACAUGGAAGACAUCCGCUCGCGCACGGACGACAUCACGCCGUACAUCAUGGUCGCGAUCCAGGAGUCGGAGCGCAUGAACGUGCUGCUCGCGGAGAUGAAGCGUAGCCUCGCGGAGCUCGACCUCGGCUUGAAGGGCGAUCUGACAAUGUCGGAUCCGAUGGAGACGCUUAUGAACGCGCUCGCCAACGGCUCCGUCGCCGGCGGCUGGGCGAAGCUCGCGUACCCGAGCCUCCGGUCGUUGUCGUCGUGGAUCUUUAACCUUCUGCAGCGCGUGGAGCAGCUCAACCUGUGGACCGCGGACUUGAACCUGCCGAAGGUUGUGUGGCUAUCGGGGCUGUUCAACCCGCAGUCGUUUUUGACGGCUGUCAUGCAGACGACGGCGCGUCGCAACGACUGGCCGCUGGACAAGACGGUGGUGUUGACGGAGGUGACGAAGAAGACGGUGGACCAGAUCGAGGCGGUGAGCAGAGAAGGCGCGUACAUCCACGGGCUCACGCUGGAGGGGUGCCGAUGGGACGAGAAGAUUGGCGUGCUGGAAGAGAGUCGCCCGAAGGAGAUGUUUUGCCCGAUGCCCGUGAUCACCAUUCGCGCCGUCACGGUGGACAAGGCUGAGAUGAAGGACGCGUACCAGUGCCCGGUGUAUAAGACAGAGCGGCGGUUCAGGGAAGAAGUUUUCACCGCGCAGCUCAAGUCGAAACACGGGCAGAUCAAGUGGACGCUGUGCGGCGUGUGUUUGUUUCUGGACGUGGUCUAAGAUGGAUGGAGGGACGCAGACGCGUCUUCAAAACCCAAAAAAAAAAAAUCAAAGAGACGGUAGACGGAGGAAAGGAAAAAAACCGGAAGAGACGCGUCCGUCGCGCCGCCGUUCAGUCGGCGGGCGACGCCGCGGCGGGAGGCUCGGUGUCAUUCGUAACCAGCCUUCGGCAAACGUCGCGGCGACGCCACGCGGGGGUCGCGUCUCUCAGUAGAAGAUAACUUAAUUAGCUCGAAGUAUUUGUGAUAAACCCAAGUACGCCUUCCUC